GCUGCACUUAGGAGUACGGUGUGCUUUUUGCUUGCUUUGUUUGUUUGAGAUAGGAUCUCGUGUCGAUGAGCUCGUCUUAGAACUUGGUUUGUGCCUCAGGCCUGGCUUCACACCCGCCAACGCUGGGAUGACAGGCACGAGCCUUUAUGCCCAACCUGAGAUCCAGGGGUUUUGACAGUGUUUGAUGGAAAAGGAUUAUUCGUCGUCUAAUAAGAGACACCUUCCGAGUAUUGUCUGACUUAGACUAUGGGAGGAGCUGUGUUGUCCAUAUUUUACAGACAAGGAAACUGACCCUCAGAGAAGUUAGGCCUGCCAGAGAAGCAUGUCUGGAGGGGCCAAGUUCAAGUCCUCUAAUGUUAGGACACCAUGGUAGGGAAGGGUGUCCACAGAAGAGCCGUCUCCCCUCUGUUGUCUGCCAGACAACUCUAACCGCUGUUAUCUGAUUGGGCUGGCGUGUCUCUUUCUCACCUUGCUCCUUCUCGCUACCACAGUUAGUCAGUGACACUGGUGUAGUGCCCCAGAGUGUGGCAGUGCUGCCAGCCCAGCAAGCUGAGGAGACCAGUUAGCAGCGCUGCAGCAGCAGAGCCUCUCGGCCUCACAGGCAUGCCUGCGAGGAGGCCACACGUGAAAAUAGUGAGGUGCGGGAUCACUCCAGACCUGCCGUUUGAGAAAGAGUAGAGGGAUAGUGCUCAGGGGAAUGAAUCCUGUCUCCUCACCCUCUCCCACCUCUUUCUCCUCUUCCGUGCUGGAGAUUAAACCCAGUACUGUGUGAGCAGUCUGUGCUAUGACCUUCUGCUAUACUUGCUCCCAAACCCCGGUACAUUUUGAGAAAAAUGUGCUCAUUAGUGUUGUGUGCAUUGUGUGUGUGCCGCAUCGUGUGUGAGAGUGCUGUGUGUCUGUGUGCUGCAUUGUGUGUGUGAAUAUUGUGUCACGUGUGUGUGCACAUGUGUACCACAGCACUCACCAUAGUGCAGGACAGAGCAUCUUCCAGGAGUUGGUUGUCUCCUAUUGCCUGGGUUCUGAGGAUUGAACUUGAGGUGUCAGAUGGCUGGAAAGCGCUGGUGCACACUGAACCAUCCUGCCAGACAUCCUGCCCAGACCCUGUGCUUUGUUUUGUUGUUGUUGUUGCCUUUGUCCUAUUAACCUCCUUUGGCCACAUUCUUGUAUAACUUUAUUCUGAAGCCGUUAGAAUCCAGGGUAAGUUUUUUAGAAAAUGUUUCCAGAGAAAACUUGACUAGUUUAAGCUAACUUUCAUAAAAUCAGAAUGUUAUUUCUUAAAGCCUGGCUUUAUCAGUCAUAAAAAAUUGCUUCUUGGAUUGGUCACCUUUGAAAGCUAUCUUUGUACAUUUGUGGAAGUUCUGAAGAGAUUUCCCAAGUUAGAUUAAAAACCAGAGGAAGAGAACAUUGUGUGAUAAGAACUCAGCCCCAUGACUCUUUGUCUGUGGGGUUUUAUUUUUAAACUAACCAGAAAUACCAUAUUUAUUUAUUGCCAUAUACUUGAAUACCAAUUUCCAGCACCAUAGUUAAUUCCUUUUGAAAAUAUAUACACAAUUUAAGCAACUUGACAUUUUCACUCGCAGAUUUCUGACAUAGUAAGAAUUUGAAUGUUGCCGAAAACAUUCACUUUAAAGAUACUUUGGCUGCCAGGCAAAGGUGGUACAGACUUUUAAUCCCAGCGCUUGGGAGGCAGAGGCAGGCAGAUUUCUAUGAGUUCAAGGGCAGCCUGGUCUACAGAGUGAGUUUCAGGACAGCCAGGGCUACACAGAGAAACCCUGUCUUGAAAACACAACAACAACAAACAAAAACAAAAACAAAAAAACCAAAACUUAAAGAUCCUUGUGGCUGUCUGUACAAGAUGAAGCCAGCAUCAUUCUGUCCCUAAUGAGGAGGGGCUCAUGUGGUGGGCUCACCACACCCACCCUGAGGAGCUAUGACACUUAAUUGUUACUGGGUGGCAGGGAGCAUUUUCUUCCGUGAGGUUGCCACUGGUGUUUAUGCUUUAGGAAUAACACCCCACUAUCCUCACACAGACUACCAGAGUUAAAGUCAGUGGACAGUUUUCAGUCAGUACACCUUUACAGUGCAGAGGCCUGGGCUGGCCCUCAUGCGGAGAUGUCGGAUCACUGCUUACAAGGGAACUUUCUGCGUUCUGCACCUUCCAAAGGAGGAGGACACAAAGGAUCCAGUCAUUGAGGAGUGUGGCUUCAGAACUAAGGGAUUAGUAAGGCUUAGUUUCCAGAUCUCAGCCCAGCUAUGAAAUACUUGGAUUUCAAAAAAAAAAAAAAAAAGAAAGAAAGAAAGAAAGAAAAGAAAAGAAAAGAAAAAAAUAAGAGCCUUUUUGCUCGAGGUGCUGGAGAUCAGGCUCCAGGCCGUGCUGGUGCUAGGAGCUUUCAUAUCCUGCGUUAAGCACUCUGGAAUGGCGCAGUGCUGCUGCAGACCUCAGGUUCAUGUCUCAGACUCAGUGAGGAGAGCGCGGUGGUGGAGGCUGAGUAGCUUGCCUAAAGCUGGAGCAAGAUCAGUGUCUGCCUGUGAGAACUCAGGAGGGUGGGACUCUAUGGGAAUCGUUCGAAUGCAGUGUUCCUGAAGUAAGAUGGUUGGCAUACGGUGCCCUAUCCAUUCUGGGUUUGUGUGAAAAUGAUUCUGGGCAUGCUGCCUUCGACACAGGGGACCUUGAAAAGGCCUCCUCCAUCGUCCGCAAGAAGGGGCUCUGUAACAGGAACUUGCCAGGGUAGCUGAUCAGGCAGUGAGAACAGCCAUGAAAAUGAGGGCCCUUGCUCAUGGGCUCUGCAGGUUCUUCUGAGCACAUCCUAGAGUAGGAAGUCAGGCCUGCAGCCCUGUGAGUGCACAAUGAGGCUGCUCCUCAUUUGGUGUCUUCCCCAGUGAGGGUUCUGAAAGUGGGAGGCACCCUUCCUCUGUGUACGCACUGCACUGCUGUCCUCUGUGUACACAAUGCACUGCUGUCCUCUGUGUACACAAUGCACUGCUGUCCUCUGUGUACACACUGCACUACUGUCCUCUGUGUACGCAAUGCACUGCUGUCCUCUGUGUACACAAUGCACUGCUGUCGUCCCUCGGUGUACGCACUGCACUGCUGUCCUCUGUGUACACACUGCACUGCUGUCCUCUGUGUACACACUGCACUGCUGUCCUCUGUGUACGCACUGCACUGCUGUCCUCUGUGUACACAAUGCACUGCUGUCCUCUGUGUACACACUGCACUGCUGUCCUCUGUGUACACACUGCACUGCUGUCCUCUGUGUACACACUGCACUGCUUGUCCUCUGUGUACACACUGCACUGCUGUCCUCUGUGUACGCACUGCACUGCUGUCCUCUGUGUACACACUGCACUGCUGUCCUCUGUGUACGCACUGCACUGCUGUCCUCUGUGUACACACUGCACUGCUGUCCUCUGUGUACGCACUGCACUGCUGUCCUCUGUGUACACACUGCACUGCUGUCCUCUGUGUACGCACUGCACUGCUGUCCUCUGUGUACACACUGCACUGCUGUCCUCUGUGUACACACUACACUGCUGUCGCCCCUCGGUGUACACAAUGCACUGCUGUCAUCCCUCGGUGUACGCACUGCACUGCUGUCCUCUGUGUACACACUGCACUGCUGUCCUCUGUGUACACACUGCACUGCUGUUCUCUGUGUACACGCUGCACUGCUGUCCUCUGUGUACACACUGCACUGCUGUCCUCUGUGUACACACUGCACUGCUGUCCUCUGUGUACACACUGCACUGCUGUCAUCCCUCGGUGUACGCACUGCACUGCUGUCCUCUGUGUACGCACGGCACUGCUGUCCUCUGUGUACGCACUGCACUGCUGUCCUCUGUGUACGCACUGCACUGCUGUCCUCCCUCGGUGUACACACUGCACUGUUGUCUGUAGCACCACAGAUAGGCCCCUUAGUUCUGCCCCACAGAGCCGGAGCUUCUUGCUUUUUCUUUUUCUUUCUUUCUUUUUUUUUGAGGGGGAGGUUUCAAGACAGGGUUUCUCUGUGUAGCUCUGGCCGUCCUGGAACUCACUCUGUAGACCAGGCUGGCCUCCAACUCAGAAAUCCACCUGCCUCUGCCUCCCAAGUGCUGGGAUUAAAGGCGUGCGUCACCGCUGCCUGGCUAAGAGACAGAUUUUGUUCUUAAGAAAAAUACUCUUGGGCUGGCACACUGGGUCCCGGAGUAAAGAUGCCUUGUAAGCCUGUCAGCCUGAGUUUGAUCCCCAGAACCCACAGAAAGGUAGAAGGAGAGACCGGACUCCAUAAAGUUGUUCUCUGGCUUCUACAUGCAUGCUAUGGCCAGCAUGCCCACACACGUAUCACACAUACACUCAUAAACAGCAAUAAAAAUAAUUUAAAAUAUUUUUGUACAUGACCUUAGCCAAAAGACUGAGAAGCAAUUAAAGCAUUUUUCAUUUUGGUUUGGUUUUUUGAUUGAUUGAUUGAUUGAUUGAUUGAUUUUGGGACAAGCUGUUAGUGUAUGUUUGGUGACCUGAAACUCCCUGUGUAGACUUAGACUAGUCUUGAACUCAGAUCUGCUUGCCUCUGCCUCCCAAGUGCUGGAAUUAAAGGCAAGCACCACAAUACCUAACUAAAACAUUUUUUUUUAAAUAAAAAUACUCACUGGGGCUAGAGAGGUGGCUCAUUUAGUUGGUGAAGUGCUUGCACUGUAAGAAUGAAGACCUGUGUUUCAUACCUGGAACUCAUGUGAGAACAGCAGGCAUGAUGGUGCACACUUAUGAUCCCAGUGCUGGGGAAGCCAGGCUGGUCUGGGUGCUUGGAUUGUGUUUCUGAGGGUGACAUUAUUGAGGCUGAGGUCAGGGUUGUCUUCUAUCCUCCACAUGCAUGUUCAUAUAUGUACAUGCACAUCUGCACAUACAUGAACACUCUUGCAUAUGAAAAAACUCUCUUUUUAAUUUAAUGCUAAGGUUGAAUCCAGGGUUUGGGCUUGAUCCAUACUCAUAUAUGUGUGUGUGUGUGUGUGUGUGUGUGUGUGUGUGUGUGUGUAUAAAUAAAUAUAUAUGUGUGUGUAUGUGUGUACAUAUAUAUGUAUGUAUGUGUGUACAUAUAUAUGUGUGUAUAUGUGUAUGUAUGUGUAUAUAUAUAUAUAUGUAUAUAUGUGUGUAUGUGUAUAUAUAUGUAUAUGUGUAUAUAUAUGUAUAUGUGUAUAUAUAUGUGUGUGUGUAUGUAUGUAUGUUUACUUUAAACAGGGUCUCACUCUAUAUCCCAGGAUUACCUUCAUGAUAUUCUUAGUAAGUGUUAGGAUUACUGUACAUGCACCACAACACUUGGCCUAAAAACUGCUUUUAUACAUAAUAUAUAUGAUCCUUCUUAGGCCAUAUAUAUAUAUUAAAAACUAUAUGCACAAUAUUAUUACCUAGACACACUGUUAAUUUCUAAUGCUAUCAAAACAAAGUGUUACAGUCUGGAUGGCUCCAAACAACACAAAUUAUGCUUUGGAAAUUGUGGGACCCAGGGUUCUGAAAUGAAAUGUUUGCCCACAAUGGUCCUUGGAAUGGAGGUCGAUAGCAGCUUUUACUGCCCUUGCUUGUGGCCCCACUCACUGUCUGUCUCCAUCCUCUCAUGCUGUCUUUGCUCUGUGGAUUUGUGUGUCCUAUCCUGUUGUCACAGCAGCAUUCAGAUUGGAUUCAUGGUAACUGUAUCUGCAAGGAUAUUGUUUGCAAAUCUAGAAAGGACAGGAAUUAGGGCUGUGGGGGCCUGGGGCGGCGCUAUUCAAUCCAUUAUAUACUUUUGAAGGACUUUAUGUUUGUACUAUCUUGUAAUUUAGCUAGUUUCCAGGUUUUGUUUUGAUACUACAAUAUGGAGUGCUCAUAGACACAUACAUUUACAUCCAUGAACUAGUAUUCAUUUGUACUCUAUAAUCUUGGAGCUAGAUAUAAUUGUAGUCACAGCCUUUGGGAGGUUGAGACAGAAGGAAGUAUUACAAGUUCAAAGCCAGGGCCAGUCUGAGAUACAUGGUAAGAUUCUCAUUUUCUCUCCCUCUCCCUCUCCCUCUCCCCCUCUCUCUCAAGUAUCAAUUAUUUAUUUUUAUGUGUGUGCUGUGCACAUGUCAAGAUGAGCUUUCUGGAGCCAGUUUCCUCCUACCAUGGCUCAAGGGAUCAAGCUCAGGUUAUGAAGCUUGUGCCACAGCCACUGCUGACUGAGCCGUCUCACCACCUCGUAAGACAGUGUUGUUUUGUUUUGUUGUUUUUGUUUUUUCUUUUGGUUUUUCGAGACAGGGUUUCUCUGUGUAACCCUGGCUGUCCUGGAACUCACUCUGUAGACCAGGCUGGCCUCGAACUCAGAAAUUCACCUGCCUCUGCCUCCCAAGUGCUGGGAUCAAAGGCAUGCACCACCACCACCCAGCUUUUUUGUUUGUUUGUUUUGUUUUGUGUUUUAAAGAUUUAUUAUUAUAAAUAAGUGCACUGUAGCUGUCUUCAGAUGCACCAGAAGAGGGUGUCAGAUCUCAUUACAGAUGGCUGUGAGCCACCAUGUGGUUGCUGGGAUUUGAACUCAGGACCUUCUGAAGAGCAGUCAGUGCUCUUAACCACUGAGCCAUCCCCCCAGCCCAAGACAUUGGUUUUAAAAACAAAAACAUAAAAAAAGGCCAGGCAUUUAAUCUAAGCACUUGAGAGGCAGAUCUCUGUGAGAUCAAGGCCAGCUUGGUCUAUAUAACAUGUUCCAGGCUAGCUUGUCUCUAAAACAACCUUGUCUCUAAAAGUAGAAGGGAAAGUGGUGUUGCAAAGGCCUUUAAUCUCAGAACUCAGGAGAUAGAGACAGGCGAAUCUCUGAGUUCAAGACCAGCUUGAUCUAUAUAACAAGUUCCAGGACAGCCAGGGCUACCUAGAGGAAUCCUGUCUCAAAAGAAAAGACAGAAGACAAAAAAGUGCUAGAGAGAUGGCUCAGUGGUUAAGAGCAUUUCCUGCUCUUCCAGAGGACCCAGGUUCAAUUCCCAACACCCACCACAACCUCUGUAACUUCAUUCCUUUUCUGGCUCCUUUAGAUACCAGGUAUACAUACUCACAAACAUACAUUUGGACAACACAUCCAUUGAAGUAAAAUACUAGCAAUAGUAAUAUAAUAAAAAAAGUCAUGUCCCAUGUCCUAUUUUUUCUCUAGUUAUUCUUUAAAUUUGUAUCAUUCAUAUCUUUAAAUAAUCUGGAAUUUACUUCUGUGUAUAUUGCACGAUUAGCGAUCAGGGUACUUCUUUCCUGCUGAUAGAAAUCCCUGAUCGUUUUUUGAAGCGUUGUUUAUUUUUAUGUGCAUCGUGUUCUGCCUGCACGUAUGUCUGUGUGAGGGUGCCAGACCCCCUGGAUGUGGGAGCCUCUGUAAGAACCAGUUCUCCCCACACUGAACUGGUUAGUGUGGUGACUCUUGGUCGUGAAGGAGGCCCAGGGCCUGGCUCUGCAGUGGUUGUAUAAUUAAUACAUAACCCUAUCUUAACGUGUCCUCCUGUUUAAAGACCUCUAUUCAAUCCGUGCUGUUGGUUUAUUCACACUGACCUCAGUCAGCAACAUUUUUAUCCAUGCCUGAAUAGAAAUGAUUAGCCUAUUUUCUCUGCAAAGCACUGUUCAGCCUUCCUGUACCUAGGGAAACCAGGCACUUCUGGAUCACACUCCAGGAGAUUUAAAAAAAAAGUAUACUUUAGUUUCCAGAACAAUUUUGAGUUCAAAGCAAAAUUAACACAGCAAGUUCUCCCACGGCUUCUGUCCCCACGAGUGCUGCCUCCCUGGGGACAGACGCACCGUGUGACCUGUGAGAUGAGCAGAGCAUCCCUGGGACCAUCUCCACAGGCCUCACUGCUCAGGCCAGUACAGCCUCUUCCACACUGCAGUACAUUCACAUGGAGUCUGGUUUCCUGUCAGGAUCAUAGCACAUAGCACAUGUGCUCAUUGCUCGAUCCUUUUAUAGACAUAACUCAGUCCUUGCCCUUGGUAAGUCCCUGCUGUUACUAUGAAUCGGGUCCUUUUUCCACUUCAGCUGAUGUCAUGGCUAGGAGAAUAAGAAAACUGUUUUUUUGUUUUUUUAUUUUUAUUUUUGAGGUGAGGGCUUGCUGUGUGUCUUUGGCUAACCUCAAACUCACAAUCCUCCUGCCUCAGCCUCCCCAAGAAGCAGGGAUUGCAGCCAUAUGCCACCACUCCUGGCCAGGAAGCUGAUGGCGCUUACAUACGGAGAUAUUAAUUACCUCUUGUACUGUUCCCUGUGUCCAUCCCCUGUUAGCACUGGUGUGGAUCGCUUAGACUUAGGGAGCGGCACCCUAGGGUUUUCUCUUGAUUCCCAGUUUCUUAGUGUUUCUGUCAGUGCUUGCCAAGGCCUCCCCACCUGGACAACAUCACCUCAUAAGAAAACUGAACCGUCACAGGCCUCCAGGCAUAGCUCCAUGGUGGCAUGCUCAGCGUCCCUGGAGGCUCCACCCCCAACACCCCCAAACCAAACCGAAACCCCAAGUCACAGGUAAAGGUUCAGAGCUGCGGCUGCCAGCCCACCAAGCAUCUGUCUGAAUAGAAGAUUCCCCCUUGUCCUGGUGCUCACCUCUCACCCCUUCCCUGAGAGGAUUUUCAUAGUUAACUGAUUCUGAGAAUAAGUCUAUGGUGUGGUGUUCAGUGUGAGGAAGUCUGCAGCUCUCCCAUGCUGGCGCUCCCUGGACAAGGCAGUGUUAGCCCUGCAGACGCCAGGGAAGGCCUGUAGUUCAAGCACUCUUCCUCACAUCUCUGGCUUCUCAGUGCUCUCUCUUCUCAUCAAGUGCUCCUUGCCCAACAAAGGUUAAAACCAAGAUAGAACCAGGCCUUCCUCUGGCCGGCCUCUCUCUCAGACAUCCUUGUCAUAACCUAGAAUAAUUUUCCUAAAACAUCUGGAAACCUAUGCUCAAAAGGUUCUUCUGAUUUUCAAGUUCCUGUGGGAGGAGCGCUAGGCGUUCGUCAGGCUCCUGAAGUCCUCCUCACAUUUUGCUGCAGCGCUGUCCCCUUCUGACCCUAGUGCUCUUCCCACACCUAAGGUGCCUGGGAACUUCUAUGUGCAUACAGGUCUGAUCUGGGAGAUGAGAAAGGAGGCCUCACACUGAGCAAGCCGAGGCAGGCCAACUCCACGGGGUUGGGGGAGGGCUCUUUCCCUUGUUCUCUUUUUCUUCAUGCCAACUUCUCUUUAUUUAUGCUUCAUUGUACAUCUGCUACCUGGAGGGCUUCUUGUCUUUUGACAAGAACUCAUCAUAUUUCAUUCUUUUUGUUUUUUUGUUUUUCGAGACAGGUUUUCUCUGUGUAGCCCUGGCUGUCCUGGAACUCACUCUGUAGACCAGGCUGGCCUUGAACUCAGAAAUCCGCCUGCCUCUGCCUCCCAAGUGCUGGGACUAAAGGCAUGUGCCCGACAUAUUUCAUUCUUUGGGCGGUGUGUGUGUGUGUGUGUGUGUGUGGGGGGGGGUUGAGUCAGGGUUUCUCUGUUUAGCCCUGGCUGUCCUGGAACUCACUUUGUAGACCAGGCUGGCCUCGAAGCAUAUUUCAUUCUUAAUAAGAAACAUUUGAGAAUAUUCAA